CUUGGGGCGCGGGGCUGGCUGCGGCGGGAGGCGCGGGCGCGAUGCCGGUGCACUCGCGGGAGAAGAAAGAGAACCACCACGACGAGAUGGAGGUGGACUACGGCGAGAACGAGGGCUCCAGCUCCGAGGAGGAGGAGUCCGAGAGCUCCUCCGUCUCCGAGGAGGGCGACAGCUCAGAAAUGGAUGAUGAGGACUGUGAAAGAAGAAGAAUGGAGUGUUUAGAUGAAAUGUCCAAUCUUGAAAAACAGUUUACAGACCUUAAAGACCAACUUUACAAAGAGAGAUUAAGCCAAGUGGAUGCAAAACUGCAGGAGGUCAUUGCGGGAAAGGCACCAGAGUACUUGGAACCACUGGCAGCUCUGCAAGAAAACAUGCAAAUACGAACAAAAGUGGCAGGUAUCUACAGAGAGCUCUGCUUAGAGUCUGUGAAAAACAAAUAUGAAUGUGAAAUUCAAGCUUCCCGACAACACUGUGAGAGUGAAAAGCUCUUGUUGUAUGACACUGUUCAGAGUGAACUAGAAGAGAAAAUCAGACGGCUUGAAGAAGACCGGCAUAGCAUUGAUAUUACCUCAGAGUUGUGGAAUGAUGAACUUCAGUCUAGGAAAAAGAGGAAAGAUCCGUUCAGUCCAGAUAAGAAGAAACCGGUGGUUGUGUCAGGACCCUAUAUAGUGUAUAUGCUACAGGAUCUUGAUAUAUUGGAAGAUUGGACAACAAUAAGGAAGGCAAUGGCUACAUUGGGGCCGCACAGAGUGAAAACAGAACCCCCUGUCAAGUUGGAAAAGCACCCACAUAAUGCAAGAUCGGAAGAAGGGAGACUCUAUUAUAAUGGGGAGUGGUAUGGACGUGGACAGACAAUAUGUAUUGAUAGGAAAGAUGAAUGUCCUACAAGUGCCAUAAUUACAACAAUUAACCAUGAUGAAGUGUGGUUUAAGAGGCCUGAUGGAAGCAAAUCCAAACUGUAUAUUUCUCAGCUACAGAAAGGAAAAUAUUCAAUCAAACAUAAUCACAACUGACCAUUAAAACCAGCCAGACAGUGUUAUCCUGCUUGAAGUGCCAUGAGAUGAAAGAUGUAUUUACUCUGUGUUCUCAUCUAUUUUUGUGGCAGUAUCUGUGUAUUUGUAGUAGUGUAAGUAAUUUUCCAUACGUAUGUCAUAGAAUAAGUGACACAUAAUCAGGUUGAACAUAACGUCUUGCCUCUAAUUUGGAUCCAGCACCCAAGACAGACAACUGUCUACUGGAGAGUGUACGAACAUCUGACUAAGAGCCUGCAGUCCUACAAAGCUAUGUGUUUGUAUGGGAGAGAAAUGUAUGUACAGCUGGCUGGCAGGGGUCUUUUCAGUUUCUUCUGCAGCCGUUCUCAUAGCUAAAUGUACACAGCAUUUUUUAAAUUGCUUCGUAUUAUACGAAUGGCAUAGUGAAGAUGCUGUCAAAAACACUAUCUGGGUGUGUAACUGGUCCUCCAUCAUAUGGGCAUGCAGGCUUCCAUGAAUGUCGUCCAAAAACCAUUUAUGUAAAAUGGAAACAAAGUGGUAUUACUUUUUUAAAAAAAAGAUAUGAUGGUGUAGUAAUUGUGAAGUUCAUCACUAUUUUUCACUGUUCCCCAUCCAUUUUGUCUUGGAAACAUGUUACUUGUGCAAAUGUUACUUUGAUGUAUUUUGAUUGUGAAAUAUUCUUAAAUGAACAGUGAAGAAAACUGGAUCCCCCUCCUCAAGUUGCUCUAGCGAUGUUAUGGAUUCUGGUUAAUAACAAAACACAGGUACUUUGUUAUUGACAUUGAUGGUAAUAAUUAAACAUAGUUAAUAGUGGACACCAGAUUGCUAUGAAGUGCAGAAGCGAUGGCAUUAUGUCUCUUAGUAUUAAUCCUUCCCCUCUGUCCCAGUAAGACUGCCCAUCCUUGGAAAAAAAGCGAUCCAAAAGUUUUAGUGCAUAUUCGUUGGUGAAAAAAUGUAUCUGUAGCCAAUUGAAAUGUAACUGUAUAUUGGAUAUGGAAUUAUCAUGUUUGCAGCUUCAGACCCUUAGAAAGUUUGCAUUUAUAAGCUUAGCAUCCAGGAGUAAGAUCUUUUAGCUUUACUGCACAUGUCUGAGGCAUGUUGAAGGUAUUCUUGUCGGGGUGGGGGAGAAGACAUUACUUGGUGGUUAUGUGCACUUUAAUAUCCAUUAAUAUGGGUUUUCAGAGAAAGCUUGUAUCUAAUGGAAUGGACUGCCAAAAGUGUUUUUAUGUGCUAGUUAGGUUGGUGCUAAAUCUGGAAUCUUAACAUGUAGCUGGACUAGGUCUUGAAGUCUUAAAUUACAAUCCCAAUAUGUCCAAAACAAACUGCUGUAUUUGCAUCAGUUCCAGCAUCAGUUCCAGCACACAGCAUCAUUGCAAUUGAUGGGUAUGCUCAGAAUGGAGAAUGUUCUGCUUCAAGAGCCCUGGACAAAUACUGUGGAAGAACAUCUUGUUAAACAUCUUAAAUGACAAGCGAGUAUUUUUCUGACUUGUCUCUUUAAUUUUAUCUACCAUGAUUUGGGUGGGAAUAAGAGCUACAACAAAGUUCAGUGCCCUUAAUGUUGACAACUUAACUCGUGCUUCAAAUUCUUGCCUUGACAAGGAAAACAAUUGAAGAAUGAGCAAUAUAUUCCCUUGCAAUCAAUAGAUAGGAAACAUAUUGUCCUGCAGCUGUCCACAUGUUGCACUAAUCUUGCAUUACAGCCCAGUUAUGAGGAUGCAAAUUGAGGUUUAAUUGCGACAUGCCCCUUGUGGCUGAAAUUAUUCAUUAUAUGGUCAUUUUAUCCCACAUCACUGUGGCUGGGAAUCUUGACACAUCUAUGCGUUGGUGAACUGUAGUCUUCAGCUUGCCAAUUCAAUUGGUCCUUAUUCCUCAGGCUUAAAAGAAUGAACAGUUCACAAGUUUAAGGGAAAGUGGAUUUGCUGAUAUGGAAAAACUGACUAUUGCCAAAAGUCUAUAGAACUUUAGGUAUCUAACAUGAAUCUGGGGACAGUACUCUUAUUACUUAGCAUGCCACAUAUGUUAACCUAAUGUAUAUAAAGGUUAAAAAUAUGACAGGUUGGCUUUUGACAAACCCUAUGGUAUGUACACAGUUUGAUAAUGCUUUUUUGUAAUAAAAUAUUUGUAUUUUUUAACUCCGUGUAUAAAUAAACAAACCUGCCAUGUAAA